GCAUCGAACGGGCACCCGCAUAGAGAUUUUAUAUGGAGCUCUCGUGGUGACCAUUGGAAACUUUCUUCCGCCGUCCCCUCGUGGUCUCUCCAAUCGCCGUAUCCAGAGCAGGGAGUCGAGACCCGACCAAAUAUACGUACGAUUUUUGCUGCACAACAAAAAGAGGAGAGAGACGCUCUCUUCCACCUCGCUCCCGAUCUCAUCGUUUCAUGCUUCGGUCUCUCUCAAUUCUCUGGGAUUUGAACGAGUAUUCUUCUUUUCGUUAGGAACCAUGACGUAGAGCCGCAGUCCUUUCGCCUUCUCGAUUAGGCGGCGUCAACUUUUUUGACAGCGCUGAAAUGUAUCGGUGCCUCAGCGAAGAGCUACUCAGAGGUGGAGCGAGAAGUAUCUAGGUCGUUGGAUGAGAGAGCGGAAGAUACCGCGCGACCGUGUCGUUGUGGCUACCAAGGUUACUGGACCAUCUAGCCAGAUGACUUGGAUUCGAGGGGGGCCUAAAUCUUUGGAUGCUAAUAAUAUUUUAGAGGCCAUUGAUAACAGUUAUGUUCCAAUGUUUGGAGAAACUGAAUAUGAUCCAAGUCGACAGUAUGCAUCUGUGGCUAUAGAGGAACAGCUUGGUGCUCUUGGAAAAGCUGUUGAUGCUGGUAAGAUCAGAUAUAUUGGUCUUAGCAAUGAAACACCAUAUGGGGUGAUGAAGUUCCUUCGACUUGCUGAGAAUAUUCGGCUCAACAGUAACUUAGUAUCCUUGCAGCUGAAUGCUGCCACCAUGAGAGGAAGAUAUUCUGAAGGUGAAUCUAGAUAUAAUCUUUCCAAUCCCAUAUUGAAAUCAGCUGUUCAGGAAUAUGCAGAUAUUGCCGGAAAGUAUGGCUUCUCUCCUGCAUCUCUUUCAAUUGCAUUUGUCUUGAAGCACCCUCUUGUUGCAAGUGCUGUUUUUGGGGCAACUAAAGCAUGGCAGCUAAGGGAAGUUUUUCAAGCUUCUAAGAUCCAUCUCACAAUGGAAAUAAUUGCAGAGAUCAACAAGGUUCAUGAAAGAUAUCCUAAUCCUUGCCCUUAAUCAGAUUGCAGUUUCUUUUCCCCCUUUCCUUUUCAUUUCCAUCUCUAGGAGUUUCGC